AUGUUCCUCAAGAGCCUCUAUGCUAUAAGCCGGUCUCGAGCUACAGCUAGAAGCUAUUUGCAGUCACCUUUCUCGCCAACUCGAGUUACUGCAUUUAUAUCAAAGUCCUACAUCAUGCCUUCCAAGGGCGCAAAACGCAAGACGGCUUCUACAGUAGACAAAGCCAACGGAUCCGAUGCUAAAAAGCUGAAGCACGAAACCAACAAUGUAGAUGAUCUUCGACAGCCCCAUCCAUUCGCGGAAGAAGCUGAAGAAUAUGGCAUCGUGCUACGACAAUUUUACCCACAUGAGAUGAGCAACUCCCGAGCUCAUGCUUAUAAUUCUGAUGAGAUUGCUCGGCCAAUCGAAGUGCUUGUCGCGGCUUUAGAAGAAACCGCUGCAACCCGUAAGCAAGUUAAACCCCAGGGAGCUGUGGUUCAUUGGUUCAAGACGGAUCUACGACAUACCGACAAUCGAUCGCUUGCACUAGCCAGUGCCAAAGCAAAAGAAUCCGGAGUUCCUCUCAUUUGCAUGUACAUCGUGAGCCCUCAAGACUUUGAGGCCCAUCUCACCGCGCCGGUCAGAGUGGAUUUUAUCCUGAGAACGUUGAAUGUCCUGAAAGAUGAUCUGGCGGCCCUGGAUAUUCCCCUGUACAUGGAAACAGUGGACAAAAGGAAAGACAUUCCACAUCGCAUUUUAGAGCUUUUGGAAGAAUGGGAUUGCAAUCAUCUCUUUGCCAAUAUGGAGUACGAAGUUGACGAGCUGCGACGAGAAGCUCACAUGAUCCGCCACUUUGCAGACAAUGGCAAAUCAUUCGAAGUUGUCCAUGAUACGUGUGUCGUACCCCCAGGAGAGUUGCAUAGCGGCUCUGGCAAGCAGUACGCGGUUUACACCCCUUGGUAUCGAGCCUGGAUGGCUCAUAUACACGAGAAUUUGGAUCUACUAGAGCUGUACGAUCAGCCUGAGAAGAAUCCAGAUGGAGUGCGACAAAAGUUUCAGAAGCUCUUCGACUGCCGCAUUCCCGACGCACCGGAGAAUAAGCAGCUCAGUAACGAGGAGAAGAAGAGAUUUCGCGCUCUGUGGCCUUGUGGUGAGCAUGAAGCCAUGUCCAGACUGGAAAAUUUCUGCGAAGAGGCUAUUGGUAACUAUCACAACAAGCGAAAUAUUCCUGGAGACGACGGCACAUCUUGCCUGUCUGUCCAUCUUGCCAGCGGGGCAAUAAGCUCAAGGACGUGCGUUCGGACGGCUAGGGAUAGGAAUAAAACAAAGAAACUAGACGGCGGGCAUCAGGGCAUCCAGGUCUGGAUUAGCGAAAUCGCCUGGCGAGAUUUCUACAAGCAUGUCCUAGUCAAUUGGCCAUAUGUGUGCAUGAACAAACCAUUCAAGCCCGAGUACUCAAACAUUAGGUGGUCCUAUGAUAAAGAUCACUUUGCAGCAUGGUGUGAGGGACGAACGGGCUUUCCCAUUGUCGACGCCGCGAUGCGCCAGCUCAAUCAUAUGGGAUACAUGCAUAACCGGUGCCGAAUGAUCGUUGCUUCGUUCCUAUCCAAGGACCUGCUCAUCGAUUGGCGCAUGGGCGAGCGAUACUUUAUGGAGCAUUUGGUUGACGGCGAUUUUGCAAGCAACAAUGGCGGCUGGGGAUUCAGUGCCAGUGUUGGAGUUGAUCCGCAGCCCUAUUUUCGCAUCUUUAAUCCGCUGCUUCAAAGCGAAAAGUUUGACCCCAAUGGCAACUACAUCCGCAAAUGGGUUCCCGAGCUGAAAGAAUUGACCGAUAAGGAGAUCCAUGAUCCGUAUAAUCGAGGUGCCGGGACCAAAGCAAAGAAGCAGGGCUACCCGAAACAGAUUGUUGAUCACAAGGGCGCAAGGGAUCGUGCCUUGAGCGCAUACAAGGAAGGGAUCGAGAGUGGGAGGUAG